AUGGAUAUACUCAACAUUGCUGACGAGCCUGUUUUUGACGAACGCAUCGUGAAAUAUGAGAUGCACACGUACAAUCCGUACGCUAACACGACGUUGGGAUACAGCGAUGAGAUACGAAUACCUAUACAGCAACAGGAUUUAAACGUUGGAAUAACGAGCACGAUCAAAAACUAUAUAUCGCUGACGACGGAGAAGAGCAAGACGCUGAAAUACGCAUCGUGGAAUCCGAAUGGAUAUCCGUUGAUCGAUGGAUACUUUAAUUUUUGCAUUCCACUCAAUACUUUUUUGGGAUUCUGCGAGGAUUACAAGCGGAUUGUAAUCAACGCGCGUCACGAACUUGUAUUGAUACGCUCGCGCAACGAUAACAAUUGUCUAAUCGCACGAGUUGGUACGAAUCCAAUAAUUGAACUACUCAAGAUACAGUGGCGAAUGCCACACGUAGUUCUGAGCGAAGUCAACAAGCUGUCUCUUCUUCGAACUUUGGAAAGCGGAAGAUAUUUGAGUAUGUGUUUUCGUUCGUGGGAUCUGUAUGAAUUUCCCAUGUUGCAAAACACAACCAAGCAUUCCUGGGCAGUCAAAGCCGCGACACAAUUGGAAAAACCGCGAUAUGUAAUCUUUGCUCUCCAAACCGGUCGAAAAAAUGUGCUCUCUGAAAACACUGCUCAAUUUGAUGUUUGUAAACUCACCAAUGUGAGACUGCAUCUGAAUUCAGAUUUUUAUCCGUACGAUGACAUAAACUUGGAUUUCGACAGGAAUCGAUACGCUAUACUGUACAACAUGUAUGCGCGUUUCCGCAAAGCUUAUUACGGAUUCGAUAAUACGUAUUUGGAUAUCGAUGAAUUCUUGAAAGCCGGUCCGUUCAUAGUCAUAGAUUGUUUGCGACAAAACGACUCUGUCAAGAGCGCCACCGUUGACGUGCGAAUAGAAUUUGAUUGUAAAGAAAAUAUACCGGUCAACACCACCGCCUAUUGUCUCAUUAUACACGAUCGGAUGGUUGAAUAUAAUCCGUUAAAUAACGUUGUGCGCAGACUCGUAUAA